UAAACAUACUAACACAAACUAGCCAAUAUUCCUAAACACAACAAAAACAACAUUGUAAACACAAUAUUCUGCUGUUCCAACUAUGGCUACUAACGAAGGUGACAUGUUCUCAGCAGAGAUUGUGAACCGUGGGAUUGAAUCAUCGGGUCCGAACGCCGGUUCAUUGACGUUCUCUGUCCGUGUUCGGAGACGGUUACCGGAUUUUCUUCAAUCUGUGAACCUUAAGUAUGUGAAAUUGGGUUACCAUUAUCUGAUAAACCAUGGUGUUUAUUUGUUCACUAUACCAAUUCUACUUGUUGUGUUUAGUGCUGAGGUUGGUAGUCUUAGCAAAGAAGAUCUUUGGAAGAAGAUUUGGGAAGAUGCAACUUAUGAUCUUGCAUCUGUUCUCUCUUCUCUUGCUGUCUUUGUUUUCACUUUCACUCUUUACUUCAUGUCAAGGCCACGUCCUAUUUAUCUCAUUGAUUUUGCAUGCUAUCAACCUGAUGAUGAACUCAAGGUAUCUAGGGAGCAAUUGAUAGAGCUAGCAAGAAAAUCAGGAAAAUUUGAUGAAGGAAGUCUAGAAUUCCAAAAGAGGAUAGUAAUGUCAUCAGGAAUAGGUGAUGAAACAUACAUUCCAAGAUCAGUGAUAUCAUCAAGUGAAAACACAGCAACAAUGAAAGAAGGUAGAGCUGAGGCAUCAAUGGUUAUGUUUGGAGCACUUGAUGAACUCUUUGAAAAAACAGGAAUUAGACCAAAAGAUGUUGGUGUUCUUGUAGUAAAUUGUAGCAUAUUCAAUCCAACACCAUCAUUGUCAGCCAUGAUUAUAAAUCAUUAUAAGAUGAGGGGAAAUAUUUUGAGUUAUAAUCUUGGUGGUAUGGGUUGUAGUGCUGGAAUUAUUGCUGUUGAUUUGGCUAGGGAUAUACUUCAAUCUAAUCCUGGUAACUAUGCUGUUGUUGUGAGUACCGAAAUGGUUGGAUUUAAUUGGUAUCAAGGAAAAGAAAGAUCAAUGCUUAUUCCAAAUUGUUUCUUUCGUAUGGGUUGUUCUGCUGUUUUGCUCUCUAACCGUCGUCGUGAUUUUGGCCGCGCGAAAUAUCGUCUUGAACACAUUGUUCGUACACAUAAAGGUGCUGAUGAUCGCAGUUUCAGGUGCGUGUACCAAGAGGAAGACGACCAGAAAUUCAAAGGAAUAAAGAUAAGCAAAGACUUAAUUGAAAUUGGUGGCGAAGCUCUCAAAACUAACAUCACAACACUAGGACCAUUGGUCCUACCCUUUUCAGAACAGCUUAUUUUCUUUGCUACAUUAGUGUGGAGGAACUGGUUUGGUGGUGGAAAAUCUGAUAAAAAUUCACCAUCAUCAAACAAGCCAUACAUUCCUAACUACAAACUAGCUUUUGAGCAUUUUUGUGUGCAUGCUGCCAGCAAAACCAUUCUUGAUGAGCUUCAAAAGAAUCUUGAAUUGAGUGACAAGAACAUGGAAGCUUCUAGAAUGACGCUGCACCGAUUCGGCAACACUUCUAGUAGCAGCAUUUGGUAUGAGCUUGCUUAUAUGGAAGCUAAGGAAAAAGUUAAAAGAGGAGACCGUGUUUGGCAACUUGCUUUUGGUUCUGGUUUUAAGUGUAACAGUGCUGUUUGGCGUUCGAUGCGUCGUGUUACAAAACCUUCUUCUAGGAACCCUUGGCUUGACUGCAUUGAUGCAUACCCUGCUUCUCUCAAUUAAAAAGCACUUUUAUUAUUAUGAUCAAUCUAUGAUAUUGAUCAGUGAUGAUGAUUAUGAAAUUAAGACUUAUUUAGGAUAUGAAAUAAUGGUAGUUUUAGUUAAGUUGGUGUUUUAAAUUUUAAUUCCUGGCUUGUGAUAUUGCAUACUGUUACACUGAGGCAUAUAUAACAUCAUGUGCCUUUGUUUUCUCAGUACUCUUUAAAUUUUUAAGCUACUUUUUCUUUCUCAUUGAUUA